ACUGUAUUGGUGUCACUGGGGAUGUCAGUGACACCAAGUCAGUUCCCCUCAGUGUCAGAAUAGGAAGACUGUUUGCUAAAAAAAGCACUGACUGGGCAGAAAGGGGUUAACAUGUGGGGCGAUCAAAGGGUUAACUGUGUGCUGUUUUACUAUGGGGGCUGUGUGUGUUUUUCACUGUAAAAACACUGCUUUGUAUGGCUCUGGUAUGCAGAGCCAUACAAAGCAGUGUGCAGGAGCUGACAGGGGAGAGAUCUGUAUUGGUUACAUACAGGUCUCUCCCUGGUCACAAAUU